AUGAGACCACAAUCUCCUAAGUUUUUUUAAACUCAGACUAUUGCUACAACAAGAGUUGUUAAUUCUCCACCAAGAGAUAAAAGACAUGAUUCAUGUGGUAGAUUGGCAAAGGUUACAACAUAUUAAUCAAGACCUAAAGCAACUGUUACUACAACUACAUAUAGACCAGUUAUAGAAACUCGUACUGUUAAAUUGUGUACAGAAAAAAAAUGUUCAGGACAUGUAAGUAUUUACUAAUGGUAGGAAACCUUAAUUGAAUAAUUGACACAAGAAAAUAAUAAAUUAAAUCAAAAACUUAUUGAUCUUUAAAAUGAUUUAGAUGGUCAAAUAGAGAAAUAUGAAAACAAAUAUUAAACUUGGGUUAACACUAGUAUUGAAAUAGAAAAUAUGAAAAAAUUAUCAGAAGAAACUUAAAAAAAUCAUAAGCAAGAAGUUUCUUAUCUGAAUUCUGAACUUAGUACGUUUAAAUCAUAGUUCUAAUAUUAAGAUGAUUAAAUUAGAUUUUUAACUUCAUAGUUAAAAUAAUAAGAAGUACUUGAAAAUAAAAUUGCACUUUUAACUACUGAAAUCGAAAGAUUAUAAUAUGUUAUUGAGGAUAAAAAUUAACUUAUAUCACAAUAGACAUUCAGAAUAUAAGAUUACGAAAAAUAAUUAUAACUUGGAUAAAAUGUUAUUGAGGAAAGAAAUAAUAAUAUUUCAGAUUUAUAAGCUAAAUCCAAUCAUUAUCAAUAAGAUCUCUUUUUCUCUAAUAACAUUAUUAAUGAACUUAAAUCUGAAAUCAAUCAAAAAGACUUAUAAACUUAACAAUUGCUAGCUUAAAAAGAUUCUUUAAUCUAAAAUUAUAGGGAUAACUUGGAACUCUUAGAAAACAAAUUAGCUUAAUCUUAAUAGAAUGAAUAAUUGAAUUAGGAAAAAACUAAUUUGUUUUCAAAAUAAAUGGACAACUUAAAUAACAAAAUUAAUUAACUUGAGAAUGAAUUAAAUGAUUAAAGAGAAUAAAACUUUUAAUUAAAUUAAUAAGUUAUUAUUAAUGAUCAAGCAAAUGAAAUCUUGCAAAGUUAAUUACUUCAAUAAACUUAAGAUCAUUUAAAUUUAGUUUCAAACAAAGAUUCAGAGCAUGAAAUAAAAAAUAAGGAAAUAACAUCUUUAUUAAAUCAAUUAUAAAAAAAAUAAGAAGAAUUAGAAGAGAAAUCUGAAGAUAUUAGAGAUUUGAACAAUAAAAAUUAAGUUUUAAUUGUUUCAUUAAAUGAAAAAACUAAUUAAUUAGAUCUUCUAUUUGAAGAGUUACAAACAGCAAAAACUAAUUAAGAAAACUAUCAUGAAUAAAUAAAAAAUUAUCAUUUAAAAUUAAGUCAAGAAGAAAUCUUAAAUGUUGAACUAAAAAAUGAUUUAAACUUAUAAAAAGAAAGUCUUUAAUAAUCAGAAUAAUAAUUAGAAUUAUAAAAUGAAUUAAAUAGAUCAUUAUAGAAUCAAAUUUGCCAAUUACAAUAGCAGAAUACUGGUUUUGAAAAUAAAAAUAAUUAAUUGGAAAAUGAAGUUUAAUCAUAAUAGAUUGAAGCAGGAAAAUAACAGUAAUAGUUAAAUGAACAAUUAAAAUAGUUGAAAAUAGAGUAGGAGAAUCUACUUUUAAAAAAUUAAAAUUUUGAAUCAAUGCUUUCAGAUCUUAAACAAAAUUCUUAAGAAUAAAUUACCAAAUUAUCAUCAUAAAUUAAGAAUCAUGUUUUAUUUGAAGAUUCUAUAAAAUAAGAUAAGUUAAAAUUAUUAGAAUAAAUAUUACUCUAAUGUUUUGAGUUAGAAAGAUUGAAAGAUUAAAAUAAUCAAUAAUAAGAAUAAUUAAAAUCUUAGGAAGAUAAAUUAAAUCAACAUGAAAAAAAUAAAUAAAAAUAAGAAGAGGAUAUAGAAAAAUUAAAAGAAAGUAAUCUUUAAAAUAGUUAAAAUUAUGAUAUCAAAUCAAAAUUAUUACAAGAAUAAUUAGAUGAAAAUAUUAAGUAAAUAGAUAGUCUAAAAAAUGAUCUUAAAUAUUAGCUUUCUUUAGAAUAAGAAUUAAAUAAGAAAAAUCAUUUUUAAUAAGAUAAAAUAUCUCAUCUUCAAGACGUAGAAUAACAACUUAAAUAUUUGAAUGAAUAAACUAAUUUAUAAACUAAAAAUUUAUAAAAAGAAUUAGAAAAUAAGAUUGAAUCUGAAAGUUCUUUAAGAUUUAAGUUGGAGAAAUUAUUAGAAGAACUUAAAAUUAAAUAAUUAUAAUUAGUUGAGAUGGAUUCUCAAAUGAGAUUAAUAGAAUAAAAUAAUAAUAUUGAUCUCUCUAAUUUAGAAGAAAGAAUUAGUUAUUUAUAAAAUGAAGUAGAAACAUGGAAACAAAAGUUUUCAAUUUUAAAUAAGGAUUAUCAUAGAGUUUAAGAAGAUUUAAUGAUGAUAUAAGCAGAGUUUGAUGCAUAUAAAAGGAGAGGUUUAGAUCUUAAAAUAAAAGUAUAUAAUAAAUAUUAAAUAUUUUAGGAAUCGAACUAUUUUGAGGUUCGAAAAUCCUCUCUGUAUAAAGAAAAUAUCGAUGUAAAAGGAAGUUAAACCUCAAUAAGUAGACUUUUUAAAGAAAAUAUUUGA